GUCGGUGUUUCGGGCGCUGAGGCUGCAGCUGCUGGGUUUGUGCUCCCAGUGUGGUGUCACGGCCCGUCCGUUCCCGGAGCCCGGGUCACACUGGCCGCGCGCCCGUGCGUGUGAGCGGGACUCAGGGCAGAGGCGUCCCCUUGCUGCCUUUUUUUCCUUCCUUCAUCCAAAGAAGGGGGCAGCUCGCACGCUUGCUUUCCUGUCGCCCCGUGGGGAGCGGGGUUGGUGUGCGGAGUGGUUCGUCUUUUUUCUUUCACACUUGUGAGCGCUUUUUUUUUUUUUUCCCUCCAUUUUUUAGACUCAGUGCCGUCUGGGCUGGUUUCCUCGGUCCCUGACUAACUGCUUUCUGCCCCUUCUGCCACCCCCGCCCAAGGUCGCCCGUCCGCCCUCGCCCCUGGCCCGGGAGGGUGGGAAGCUUGGUCCCGCUCCCUGCCCGCCCGCGUCUCCGCAGCCGCACCUGCCUCGAUAUGAAUGGGGUCAACGACCCACUUCUUUUUAUAAAAGAUAUUAAGCCCGGACUGAAAAACUUAAAUGUCGUCUUUAUUGUCCUGGAGAUAGGACGCGUGACCAAAACCAAAGACGGCCAUGAAGUGAGAUCAUGCAAAGUAGCAGAUAAAACGGGCAGCAUCACUAUUUCCGUGUGGGAUGAAAUCGGAGGUCUCAUACAGCCGGGGGAUAUCAUUCGGUUGACCAGAGGGUAUGCAUCCAUGUGGAAAGGAUGUCUGACACUUUAUACUGGAAGGGGUGGUGAACUUCAAAAAAUUGGGGAAUUUUGUAUGGUUUAUUCAGAAGUGCCAAAUUUCAGUGAACCCAACCCAGAUUAUCGAGGACAGCAGAACAAAGGGGCACAGAGUGAACAGAAGAAUAAUUCCAUGAAUAGUAAUAUGGGUACAGGUACAUUUGGACCAGUGGGAAACGGGGUUCACACUGGCCCAGAAUCAAGGGGAUGCCAGUUUUCAUAUGCUGGUAGAAGCAACGGCCGGGGACCUGUAAAUCCACAGCUACCAGGAACAGCUAAUAAUCAAACAGUCAUGACCACAAUAAGUAAUGGCAGGGACCCUCGGAGAGCCUUUAAAAGAUGACCUAUGCCAAAUACUCACAUGUAGUUUUUAAACUACAUGCCCUACUUGAACACUUAUUGCACUUUUAUUUAUUGUUAACUGUGAAAACUAUGUCCUUUAUCGGUUUCCUUUUACAUUUUUGGUUUGUUAAUAAGAGUGUUUUUGUUUAUAGCAGAACUGUUAAGCUGCUCAAGUCUCCUAUUGAGGAAUGGGAACACUCUGAGAAGUAGGGGCAUUUAUUUUUAGAGCAAAAAGAUCUUUGGGUAUCCUCUAAAAUAUCUGCACCCAUUUCGUGGGUGAGUUACUUAAGACAUCAGCAUUAUAGCCUCUAUGAGUCUAUCUUCUGUAUAAAUUUUGUAAUAUUUAAAAUAAGGCUUAGUGGGAGAUGUUCUUUUGUCUUAAAUUCAGAUAUUGCCAACUAAAGCAAUAACCACCAAAAAAAACAAAAACUCAGUCAAUGCUAGCAGCAAUUUUUGAGUGUGACUCCAGGAAUGAUUGACUUCUUCAUUGAGUGACUGCCAUUAAGAUUUUCCAAGGACUGACUCAUCCUAAACUGUUGUUUUAUUACCAGAAAACAUAUUCUUUAUCAGAAUUAUGGGAAAGAAAGUGAUCUGUAUUAUAAUGAGUAAUUUUUAAAAGAAAGCUAUAUUUAUUUUAGGGUAGUCCUAUUAAUAUUUAUCACUUUGUGCAUUACACAGAAGGAAAAUUUAAAACUGAGGCCUUGAAUAUUUAUUUUUUGAAGCUACCGUGUCGAAUAUUAAAGUAUAACUUGAGGGAGUUUUAAAGUCAUAAUAAUCAUUGAUCUAAUUAUUUAAAAAAAAUUUUGGUAGAUAAACGUUAGAGUGAAGGCAAUUCAAAUUGAAUUCAUGUAGAAAUAUGCAAUCUUAAGUUAUGUGGUCCUAGGUACUUGCAGAAACUCAGCCUGGAGUGAAAAUCCUAGGCACUUAAACUUUUUUUGAGGUGCGUGUGUGUGUGUACGUAUAUUGUCAAAGUUUCUGAACACAAUUCACAAAGCCUUAUCAGCAAAAGUUAACAAAUGGCUCUCUCAAGCGAAUACAGCUUUAUUCAGAAAUGUAAAAGUAGAAUUUAUUUAUGUGUUGUAAAUGGUCCCCAGUUCCACUUUUUAGUGUAGGGUGGAUAACUGGUCAAGUUUUCCUUUGUUAGAAUUCAACUCUUCUUCAAUAUUCUCUCUUGAAUAAAAUUGCAUUCAUGUUAACAGACCUACCUAAUUUUUGCUUUCAGUGAUUUACAGUGGAGAGCCGGGACAUUUGCCUGUAGUUGUCAUGAUGCCUUCAGCCUGGCGACUACUUAGCUAUAUUUGUUGCUUUGUCUUUUUUCCCCACCUUAAAUCCC